AAACACUGGUAUGAGAAUUCUAUAUGCCGGAAUACGUGACUUUUGAUACAUUUCUAAAGAAGCAUCUCGUUGAAGUUGAAGUUGAAAUAGGAAGCAAGUCAGCCAAGAAGGGAAAAGGACUUACAUUUUUCUGCCGAGCUGAAAUGGAAUCAAGACGACGAGAAGUUCGAAGACUUCCACACCAUGAGCAGAAUAGUUUAUGCACCACAAGAGCCCCUUACCGACAAGGGAGACAAUUAACUGCUGUCAAGGUUUACACAGUGAAUGAUGAGUCGCAACAUUUAAUUAUUUCUGGAGUUCCAUCAUUAGGCUUACAAGAUGAAUUACGAAGACUAUGCUGUCGUUUUGGUGAUGUCAAAUCUCUUGUGUACAUUCCUAAUUAUGACACCGAAAAAUUUGUUGAAGCAUAUCAUGUUAAUUUCUCAAGAGUCCAAAGCUCCAGACAUGCGAAACGGCAUAUAGAUGGAAGAGCAUUUUUUGGAGGUUCCCUUCAUGUUUGUUAUGCUCCUGAGAUGGAGUCUAUUUCUGAAACUAGAUGUAAACUAAUUCAAAGAAGGCAUGAAGUGACUAGGCGUUCUGUCGCGAAUGAGACUACAAGAAGUUCAAACUUGCCAGAAGUCGGAAAAACAGUUACAAGUGGUAUUACUAGAGGUACUGGUCCCUAUGCAGUAACAAACAGGUGCAUAUGGAAUGGCAAAGAGAUUUCUUCGGAUCCUCGAAUUUUGGCACCAGCAAAGGAAUUAGAGAGGGCAUCCUCUGCUAUCUAUGGACCCCAACCUCGUACCCAUGAUUGGAGUGAUGUUGGUGUAAGAGAAGUUGUCAUGACCCCACUACUGCCAAAGAGCUCACCCAUACCAAAAAAACAAAUUUCAAAACAACUGCAGUUGUCCAUGACUGUUCACAAACCGGGAACUCAGUCUGAAACUGUCAUUAAAACAGUACCCCCAAUUUUGAAGUUGAUUCCAUCACAAGUAAAGUCUGCCCAUAAGAAAAUAAUCUUUCAUCCAAAGUCAAAUACCAAUUUAGGUGUUUCUACUGGAGAUCAAUCUCUGGAUUCAACAAUUUCCAAAGUCCGAGAAAAAAUUAGAUCUGUCACUGUGCCCAACAUAAAAAUAAUGCUUGAAAAAAAUUUAUAAAGUUCUUUCACUGAAAUAAAAUGCUUGAUGCAUA